AUGGCCUGGAAAGCCAUAAAUAUCUUCUUCCUCCUCUUCUAUUCCGCCGCAGCAAUUGAUGACUCUGCCGCGAUGCUAAAACUAGCAAAUGCCCUCCAUCCCACUCCGCUGUCCUGGUCAACCAAGAAUGCAACCGGCUACUGCCGUUGGGAUGGCGUCCAAUGCGACAACAACGACCGGGUCAUCAUCAUCUACCUUGAUAGGAAAAAUCUCUCCGGCACCCUCCCUUUCGAAAUCUCUACUCUUACGAAGCUGGAACACCUUUCACUUCAGCAUAACAAACUCUCGGGUUCCCUUCCUUCUCUUGCCAAUCUUACUCUGCUCAGAGUACUAUUUAUUGGAGAUAACAAAUUCACUAGUAUCCCUCAUGACUUCUUUGAAGGACUAGUAAGAUUGCAAACCUUUGACAUUAGCUUCAAUGCUGAUCUUGCUCCUUGGUUUCUGUCCUCCACUAUAACUCAAUGUGGACGGCUAGUAUAUUUUGAUGCCGGAUCCGCCAACAUCAUGGGCACGAUACCUGAUAUAUUUGCGUCUCUUCCAAGCUUGCGGAGUCUUUAUCUGUCUGACAACAACUUGACAGGGACUUUACCUGCAUCUUUAGCAAAUCCAGGAAUCGAGUUCUUGCAUCUCAACAAUCAGAAAAUUGGGUUAUCAGGUACCAUCCACGUGUUAUCUUCCAUGACAAGGCUAAGGAGUGUGUUUCUUCAGAAUAAUCAAUUUGCAGGUCCUAUUCCAGAUUUCUCAAAAUGCCAGAAUUUGGCUAAAUUGAAGCUAAGCGAUAACCUAUUCACAGGGAUAGUACCAACUUCAUUGGUUUUACUUACCAAUUUGAAAGCAGUUAUUUUAUCAAACAACAAAUUGCAAGGGCCUGUCCCCGAGUUUCGGACGAAUGUACAGGCUAAUUUUAGUGGCAAUAAUUUUUGUGUGAAAGAUGCUCACGUUGGUUGUGAUCAACAGGUGACCACAAUGCUGGAGGUUGCAAGUACUUUGGGGUAUCCGUUGACAUUUUCUGAUUCUUGGCAAGGGAAUAAUGCUUGCAAGAAUUGGUCAUAUAUUACCUGCAAUGAACAUGACUGGAUUAUUGCAGUGAAUUUUGGAAAGCAAAAUUUCACAGGGACAUUAUCUUCUUCCUUCGCCAAUCUAACCAGAUUAAGGAACUUGUACCUGAAUGAUAACAAUUUGACAGCUUCCAUUCCUGAAAGCUUGACAAAGUUGACUCAACUUGAGGUUCUUGAUGUCUCUAACAACAAUCUCACUGGAAAAAUCCCAGUUUUUGGUGCUUCUGUGAAGUUGAUCACUACACCAGGCAAUUCUUUACUUGAAAGUAAUCAUGCAUCUACAGAAAACAAGGUAUCACCAUCUUUGAUUGCCGGUCUUCUUGUUGGCAUUGUCAUUUUUAUUGCUCUUUUGUUGUUUCUGAUAUUCAAAUUUAGAGUCAAUAAAAGACUCGGAAGGUCUAGAAGUGCGAAUGUUCAUGCGGAGUGGAUCGUUCACAAUGAGGCAGGCUAUCACACAAGUAACAUCGGAAAUGUUGUGAUUCCUAUUGAAGUUCUUCAACAGGUGACCGAUAAUUUCAAUGAGAAUAAUAUCUUGGGUGUGGGAGGUUUUGGUGUGGUUUAUAAAGGGGAAUUGCAUGAUGGUACUAAGAUUGCUGUGAAGAGGAUGGAAACUACAGCAAUGGUCACAAAAGGAAUGAAUGGGUUUCAAGCAGAGGUUGCUGUGCUAACUAAAAUAAGGCACAGGCAUCUUGUUUCUCUUUUGGGUUACUGCAUAAAUGGCGAUGAGGCGUUUUUGGUAUACGAAUACAUGCCACAGGGGACUCUAGCAGAGCAUUUGUUCGAAUGGCGUGAACGAGGAUACUCUUCUCUUAAUUGGAAGCAGAGGGCUACUAUUGCACUCAAUGUCGCACAAGGAGUAGAAUAUCUGCACAAUUUAGCUCAACAGAGUUUCAUUCAUAGGGAUCUGAAGCCUUCAAACAUACUUCUUGGGGACGACAUGAGAGCUAAGGUAGGAGACUUUGGUUUAGUUAGAAAUGUGCCUGUUGGGAAAUAUUCCUUGGAGACAAGAGUGGCAGGAACAUUUGGCUAUCUUGCACCUGAGUAUGCUGCAACUGGAAGAGUGACAACAAAGGUGGAUGUAUAUGCAUUUGGAGUGAUAUUGAUGGAGAUGAUCACGGGGAGAAAAGCUUUAGAUCAUACAAUGGAAGACAAAGGAUGGAUGUUUAUGCAUUUAGCAACAUGGUUCCGGGAAGACCUGAUAUGCAGGAAGAAAAUAUCAAAAGCAAUUGAUGAAGCACUCAACCCUGACAAAGAUACGUUAGCAACCAUUUACAGGGUGGCUGAGCUCGCAGUGCAGUGCACUUGUCCUGAACCAAGACAAAGACCUGAUAUGGGCAUGGUAGUCAACAUCUUGGCACCUCUUGCACAAGAGUGGAAACCUGUGGCUGCCGGCCAAGAAUAUUAAAAAAUGAACAAAUGAUUAAGUACCAAAACCCUGUAAUUAAUAAAGAAUAUCAGGUCAAGCGUAAUCAUAAAAGAACUAUGUAUUUAUUAAAAAAGUAUAAAAAGCAUAGC